AUGAUGCUCUAUUCGGAUCCGUCAUAUUCUGAUGCACUGAGAAAAGGCAAUUGGUCUCCAAUAGCCACUGGGGUUAACCCUGGGAUGACAUUUUCAAAUUCACAAAAUGUAUUGUCAAAUACAGGUUUUACAUCUCAAUCACUGUUGUCGACCGCAGCCAACGCUAACAUCAAAAACAGUGCCACGAAUUUGCAAAAUGAUAACCAAAAUGCAAUCAAUUCUCGUCAAAACCAAAAUCAAGAUCCCUACAAUUUGUUGAACGCCGCCACCAGUCGUUUGGCUACACAG